CAUGCGUAACCUCAAAAUUUACCCGAUAUCAAAGACAGUCCAAUAUAUCUUAGUACGCUCGGUUACAGAUGAUUUCAUUGGCUGUUUUGACUGCGAGGUUAAAUACAGCCCGCCUCUUGUCGGCCUAGUUUUCUCAGUCUCCCACAGAAACUUACCUGCACUAACUAGAAAGUCCAGUUUCUCAAGCAAGUCCUAGACAACAUCAGAGAGUCCUGGAGGCAGCAUGGAUCUGGACAGUAAACGGCUGGUGGUGGUGAUACCGAAUGAAGUGUCGGUGCCCUCAGGCAGGGUGUUCAACAGUGAGGACGAGGCAUGGAGGAGCUACCUGGAGAACCCACUGACUGCGGCCACUAAGGCCAUGAUGAGCAUCAAUGGAGAUGAGGACAGUGCAGCAGCUCUGGGACUGCUCUAUGACUACUACAAGGUCAGAGAGAGGGGACGUGCCUCCAGCGGUCUUAAGCCCACAGACCCCUCCGCUCUUGGACCCAAUAACUGUGGGAACUUGGAAAUACUAGACCACCAUCUUCAGGCUCUUAGAUGCGUGCCUGUCAACCUCUCUCUAAACAAUAGCACCACCACAGAACAUCAGAGCUGCAGGUACGGAACUACCAGCCUUGCAGGAGAGAGCAGAGCAGGAGAUGGUAAAGGUAAAGGUGGGGCAGCUCUUGCUCUGGUCAAGACAGAGGGCCAGACGUCCAUGGGAGUGUCCUCUUCUGGAGGUUCCUGUCUGGAAGAACCCAGAGACCGGAUAAGGAUGGUUUACGAGCAGAGCUGCUACGAUUUGUCCCUUUCUGGGUACUUGAAAGAUGAUCAGAGAAGCACUCCAGACAGCACGUAUGAGGAUACUGUGGAGGGAGAGAUGUACCACAGAAGUCCUUCCUCAGGAGAUGGUGAUUUCCACUACAGCCUACCAGUUGAUAGUUUCCAAUACAGUCUGGAGGCCAGCAUGUCGCUGCGGCGAGGAGAAGGACCCAUGGCUUACCUGAACCGGGGCCAGUUCUACGCUUUGACACUGUCUGAGACCGGCUUCAGAUCAUCCCUAUGUCAGCACAGAGGCAAAGUGCGGGUGAGUCGACCGACGCUGUCACAGGGGCCUGAUGGGAGCCCAUCCAGUAGUGAGCAAUGCACCAUGGGAGGCUCUGAGCGGCAGCACGACAGUAUUGUACAGAGUGUUAUCAUGGUCGUCUUUGGGGAAGACAAGUGCAGAGACGAGCAGCUGAAGAACUGGAAGUACUGGCAUUCCCGUCAGCACACAGCUAAACAGAGAGUCCUGGACAUUGCCGACUACAAGGAGAGCUUCUGCACGAUUGGGAACGUGGAGGAAAUUGCCUACAACGCUGUGUCUUUCACAUGGGAUGUCAGUGAAGAAGCCAAGGUCUUUAUCUCAGUGAACUGUCUGAGCACAGACUUCUCCUCGCAGAAGGGUGUGAAGGGGAUGCCUCUGAUAAUCCAGAUUGACACCUACAGCUACAACAGUUGCAACAGCAGACCCAUCCACAGGGCCUAUUCUCAGAUCAAGGUCUUCUGCGACAAGGGUGCUGAGAGGAAGCUUCGUGAUGAGGAGAAGAAACAUCUCAGAAAGAGGAUGAAAGGGAAAAAUGGCAGCUUGGGGCAAACCUCUCCCAUUAAGAGGGCUCAAAGCACACUGUUCAAAACCAUGAUAGACCUGGACUCCCAGCCUGUCCUCUUCAUUCCUGACGUCCACUUUGGAAACCUGCAGAGAGCAGGGCAGGUGUUUGCUUUUAACACUGAGGAGGUUGACAGAGAGGGGAGUGUUCUGGUGAAGAGGAUGUCAUGUGCCGCUGAGGAAGAUACCUGUCCACCUCAGUCCAAGAAGGUCAAAGUAGACGAGGAAAGGAGAGUUCUUCUAUAUGUGAGGAAGGAGUGUGAUGAAGUGUUUGACGCCUUAAUGCUGCACACCCCAACCCUCAAAGCACUGAUGGAGGCAAUCUCAGAGAAAUAUGCGUUGCCUGUUGACAAGGUGGCCAAGGUUUACCAAAAAAGCAAAAAAGGGGUCCUGGUGAACAUGGAUGACAACAUCAUCCAGCAUUUUUCCAAUGAGGACACCUUCAUCCUGGCCAUCGAGAGGUCAGCAGAAACCUUGCGUGUGAUUCUGUCAGAGAUCUGACGGUUGUUAGCCACAGCACUGUAUUCAUAGUUAUCAUAUUGUCAGACAGAGGUGAUCAGUGGUGGGUGAAGCUUUAGCCACGCCACAUGUAAAAAUUGUGAGUAUUGUAAGCAGUAUUAGACGACAGCACCGUCUUUAUUGACGUCCACAUAGGAUUCUCAGUAGGGUUUGUUGCCCUGAAUGGAUCAUUGGCCAAAAUCCACAUCCACCGCACCUGCUGUAGUACCUGUUAACAGACAACCUGCUGGAGGAUUUCUUGCACUAGGAACUCAUUGUGGAUUUGUUGUUAGGUGGGAAAAAUCUUUUGAACUACCUUUGCAAGUAUUCACUAGCUCAUGAGAAUUGACUGAGAUGAGAUCACCACAAAGCAUCCAUCCAGCAGCAUGCUGUGGUUUCACAGGAAGUAGACAGAACAGUACACAGUGGCCUUAUUGGAUUAACAGCAGGGACUGCUAUUUGGUUCCUCUGUGGCCUCAACGACUUGAUCAGAUGCUUCAGAGCAAGUUUAUCUUUUGCUGCCACUCAGCAGUUCAAGGUAAUAUUGUUCAAGGCCUAUUGUUCUGUAUGUAUAUAAUUAUUUCUAGACGUGUCCUGAAAGUAGUUCUGGUCUCUUGAUUUAGUCAAAGUGAACUUUGUCUAAUUUUUAUUUGUUGUCCAUCUUUUUUAUUGAUUGGUCAUAUUUUUACUCCAAUUGGUGCCAGUGAAAUAACGGUUGUGAUUACAUGCUGAUGUCUCAGGAUCUAUAAUUAGACAAGGCACCAUUAUGGAAGAAGACUGCAAGUCUCCAGGAUGCUGUUAAACUGUUUAGCUUCCUUUGCGCGAAUGUUUAUUGCUUUAUCUCUCUCUGAUGAGACUGUAGUCAGUCGUAUUUAUGACAGUUAGGGACUUACAAAGCCCAAAUGGUCCAUUUACACAAUCCUUGUCUGAGGCUACUGCAAACCAUCAGAGCUUAACGGUCUAACUGCUCUGUUCCUGCUCACUGCCUGUGUUUACACCUGAGUCACUGACAACGUCUCCAUCAUUCAUACGCUUCAUGCACUGUGAUGUACAGUCUU